AUGGUCACCGAAAUCAGUCAGAAGGACGUUCAGAUCCAGGAAGGCUAUGUCGGCAACUUGUCGCAGGAGCAGGAAGAAAAACUUCGGGAGCUUUGGUUGAAGUUCCUAGAAGUCUGCGAAACCGCUUCGGACGACGACAAUGCUGACGGACAAGUAAAGAGCAAUGGAGGCGAUCUCGGCGGCUGGGACGAGAAGAAGUCCGGUCCAGAAGGUGCUGGCAUCCCUAAAGACGACAAAGCCAAGGAUGAACUCAAGGCUCGCGAGGAGCAAGCUGCUCUUGACGAGCUGCUCCAAACUUACGGUGCCUCUGCGCUCCGAAACACGUUCUGGAAGUUCGUCAAGAUGGACAACCCCGACACGGACGUAUUGCGUUUCCUCCGAGCCAGAAAGUGGGACGUUUCGCGUGCCUUUGCCAUGAUGGCUGGUUGCAUGAAGUGGCGUCUUGACAACAAUGUCGAGGAGCUCGCUGAGAACGGUGAUUUGGGCAAUGAAAAGAUCGAGAAGUUUCUGGAUCAGCAGCGCAGUGGCAAGACAUAUGCCAUGGGGACAACCGACAACGAGCAGCCUAUCUGCUACAUCCAUGUCAAGAAGCAUCUUACUUGGGGUCAGCCUGGUGCCUCCAUGUCCAAGUACGUCAUCUAUGCCAUGGAGUCGUUCCGACUUCUAAUGCAGCCUCCUAAUGACAAGGUCGUGCUCCUUUUCGACUUGACUGGAUUCGGUCUCAAGAACAUGGACUGGAACUGCAUCUUGUUUAUCGUCAAGUGUCUCGAGGCUUAUUAUCCCGAAUCGCUCGGCACGCUCUACAUCCACAAUUCGCCUUGGAUUUUCUCGGGUAUCUGGAAACUUCUCGGUCCCAUGCUCGACCCCGUGGUGCGAAGCAAGGUCAAGUUCACCAAGAAGCCAGAGGACCUCGAUCUGGUGCCCAGGGAGCGUCUUUUGUCCAAUAUGGGAGGCUACAACGUCAACGAGUUUGAAUUUGUCGAGCCAGAAGAAGGCGAAAAUGACCAAACCAAGGACGAGGAAGGCAAGAAGCGAACCUGGAACAACUACAUGAAGCUUGCCAAGGAGUACGAACAGGUUACGCGAAAGUGGUGUGAGAGCAAGGGCAAGGACGAGGAGGUGGUCAAGAAGCGCGAUCUUCUUGUCAAGAAGCUGCGGGUUGCUCAGUUCGAACACGAACCUUACUUCCGUGGUAAAACUGUGUACCACCGUGACGGCACCAUUGAUGGUCAGGGUGUCGUGACCUGGAACUACAAGCAAAAGGAUGGCGAGGUCAUUCGGCAUGUCGUCGGCCGUAAGGCUUGUGUUUCAACGCUCAAGAAAGAGAUCGAAGAGAUCGAAGGUGGUGCUGAUCCAGCCGAGGUGGAGAAGCGUAUCGGGGCUCAGGCUGACGAGCAAGCUGGCAACGGUGAUGCUGCAGCUGCAGCUGCAGCUACAGCGGAUGACGAUGACGAUGCAUUCCAUGAGGCACCCAUUGCUUCCCACGCAUCAACAAAAGAGGCCAUCGAUGCCGACACCGAGACAGUCAUCUCACACGAUAAUCAGGCAGCCAAGGAGGCCAACGGUACUCAGAACGGAAACGGCCAUGCUAACGGAAACUUGGACCACAACAGACAAGUUAGUUCUGAGAAGAAAGGCCCCACCGACUACUCCACAGAAGACAGUUCGGACCGCGGCAGCCUGAAGAAGGUCAAAUCGAUCAAGACAUCGGGCAUGUCCAAGCUCAAAGCUGUCAUGGGCAAGGCCUGA